AUGGUGACCAUCACAUGCCACGGUCAACUACCGGGCGCCUAUUCAUAUCACGGAGGGAAUCAAAAUAGCACCCAUAGCCGCCCACUCGAUCCAGUCUUACCGGCCCUUGCAGCAGAUCCACUCCAGGCCAACCCAACUAUAAAACCAGAUCCCUCAACUCCUCACGUCUCGCACAUCUCACCGCUCAACAUCGGUUCUCCCGUCCCACCUGGCGUGCACGGGGACGCAAAGACCCCCAGCCGCGCUGAGAUUACCGAAAUCACCGUGGCUACGACAACACCAUGCAAACCCAUCGGGCUGGACCUGAUCCCCGAUGAACCCUGGGACGAGAUGGUGGGAUGCGUGGAGCACCCGAUGCAGAAUCAGGGCUCGACAUGCAUGACAACCACGCCGCCGCUAUCUCCACGCAUCCCCAAGCGAAAGCGCACCGUUUCCCCAUCAUCGACCCCCAAACCGCCUUCAGAUCACCGCCGCUCGACAUCGUGCAACACUCGCCGCUCCGCUCCGAGCAGCCGACGGAGCUCCCUCCACUCCCACAGUCGCAUCCCAACCGGCACCUCCCUAACACCUGGGUCCACGGCACCGACCUCCCCCGAAUCCCAGCGCCAGAGUCUCCUCGCCCUCCACCGAGAAUCCUGCCGGCUAUUCCACAAUCCCGAGCCCCAGCCACAACAAUCACAACCACUAGUGGUCCUCCCGUCAAAGCCACUCUCCCCACCCCCAUCCACCCCGCAAUCCCCCACCCGCCGCUCCUCCGAGACCCCCGCACCAGCCGUCCACCCCGGACGCUUCUCACACGAACCGACCCCAUCCCGCCCGGCAGCACCACGCGCCGGACCGCCCAUCCGCGCAUACUCCAUGCCCGCCCGCCCGCACCACCUCGACGGCGUGGAAAAGAACCCUUCAACGACCGUAAUCGACUGGACGACGCCGUCGACACGGCGGCGCGAGUACGAGAAGAUCGACCGAGCCAGCAGCGGCGUGCGCGGCCUCUGGCGCCGCGUGGCGCCUCGCUGGUGCCGCUCCAACGAAGCCCGCACGCCGUUCUUCGAAGUCAAAGACGGCAAGGCGAAUUACGAGGGGAGCGUUCGGCGGUUCCGAAUGGAUAUUCCUGAGGAAGGGGGGUCGGGGCGGAAGAUGGGGGGGAUGAUCAAGAGGCGGUUGGGGGUGCGGAGGUGA